UCAGCGGAGACUUGAGUGAGUGGCCACAGCAGGAGCGACGACACUGCUGCGGUGGGAGAGGAACCGUCCCGCCACUCGCCUUCGACUCAAGGGAGCAGGACGUGUUUCAAGCGAGGGAAGCGAACUGGAGGUGGAGGAAUAAAUAUGGAUACUCGGCACCUCGUCCUCUUCUGCACACUCUUCUUGCUCGAUGUGUCCUGGGCUCGAGUGGUGACGGUGUCUCCUGGUCCGUUAAUCCGAGUAGAGGGUCAACCAGUAUCCAUAAGAUGUGAUGUCAAUGAUUAUGCAGGUCCCCGUGAACAGGAUUUUGAGUGGUUGAUAUCGAGGGAUCCGACCGGAUCCAGGACAAAGAUCAUCUCCACCUUCGAUGCCAGCUACUCCCACCCAACGCUCAGUAAACGUGUUGCUUCUGGUGAUAUCUCUGUGGUUCGUCUCCAUGAUAACAUAGUGGAGCUGAAGAUAGCCGAGGCAAAACCGCAGGACGCAGGUUUCUACUGGUGCACAACUCCAAGUACAGAUUCGGUUAUCAGUGGCAACUACGAGGCUCAGGUCAAACUCAUCGUCAUCCCAAAUACCCUCAAGGUGUUGCCGCUGACUCCAGUCUCAGUCAUCGCUGAGGGAAGUGACCUCACACUCUCCUGCAACGUCACUCGGGAACUCACUCAGCCCACCUACCUGUCAGUCACCUGGUCGCUGAAGAAGGGUGCCAUCUCGGAGGAGAUUUUAAGUUUUGGUCCUCAAGGCGAAGUGAUCACAGGGACUAAGUACGCACGCAGAUACAGUGAUGGAAGUAUUCGCCUCGUCCCGGGAAGGAACGGCGUGUUUGAGCUCGUCAUUUCCAGAAUGACCACCAGUGAUGAAGGGAUUUAUGAGUGCAAUGGGACCGAGUGGACACAUGAAAAUGGAGGGAAAUGGAUUAAGAUUGUGGAGAAGACAAAGGAGAUGGGAACCGUCGCUGUUACUCCAACAGGUCAGUCACUGAGUGUAAAGGUUUCAUCUCCAUCCUCCUCCAGCUUGUCCCUCACACCUGGAGACAAGCUGACCCUUCUUUGCUCCGUCUCUGCUGAGAACUUGCCCUCUCUGGCCUUGGAAGUGUCAUGGCUGUCAGGUGGCCGUGAUAUAAUCACUCUGGAUCGUAGCGGAGUGGUGAUCUCCAAUGUGUCUGUUAACGGGAUGCCGGGCAAGAGAAGCGAGGCCAGUCUGGACAGAACUGGAGGUGCAGAGUACAGGCUAGACGUGAGGGGUGUGAGUAAAGAGGACGCCGGGGCGUACACCUGCCGCGUUCGUGCCUUCAUCGAGAAAGGUGGGAGAAGUGCAGGAGGAGGAGGACGCUGGCACAUGGUGGCGGAGAAGACAUCUAAUCCAGUGAUGGUGAAGGUUUCACAGAUCAAACCCAGUUAUACCUUGACCCUGCAGCCCAUUCUGAAUCCAACAAUAACUGCGGAACCUACUGAGCUGGCCUGUCACGUCACUAACAUUACACACCUCUCUGUUGGAAGUCGCCUUGGUGUAUCAUGGCAGCACACGACUCCUCCUGGUACUGGCGGCGGUCCGCAGUCCUCACAUCCCAUUGCAUCGCUGGAUGGUCUUGGCAACCUAGUUCCUGGUCCAAUGUACUCGGAUCGUCUGGCUAGUGGGAUGAUGUCACUCAGCAGAGUUCAGCCUAAUACAUUCAAGCUCAGAUUCCUGCGGACACAGGAGAUCGACAUGGGCCAGUAUGUCUGCACUGUUUCUGCGUGGAGUGUUGACAGCCAAGGUGACAUAGUGAAGACAGCAGAGCUGCAGAGCCAGCCACUCAAUGUUCGCUGGGAUGCCAAACGUCCAUCUCUAAAUGUUAUGGCCAAACGGGUCCGUGAAGUGUCAGUAGGCGGAGCUACCUUUGAGAUGAGCUGCGUCGUAGCCACAGAAAACCUGGUUGAGCCUGGCUACUCGGUGCUGAUUCAAUCGCAGGAGAACAUGGGGAGCCCUGUGAGGACGAUCAUGACACUUAGUCCUGACAAUGUUCUGCAGCACGGGGGUGCCACCGACCCCAACAGGAGAGACAGUUUAGUUCUGACAAAGUCUGGUGCCGUAGAAUUCCGUUUCCGUCUGUCUGGGGUGCAGCUGUCUGAUCGAGGUUACUACUGGUGUGACAUCACUGCGUGGACCAAACAGCAGCCAGGACAGAUGUGGACCAAAGCCACCAGUGCCGAGUCCAACAAAGUCAGGAUUGACUUUCAGGAAAACGGCCCAUCCUUCUCCAUUAGCAUCCAAUCAGACGACAACACUGUUUAUCCCUGGCAGACUGCUAAGAUAAAAUGUUCCCUUAGUGUGUCUGGAUCCUCUCCAAAAACCGACAACCUGGCAUAUGAGGUGCGGUGGUUCUUCACCAGACUACGAGGAGGAGAGACGACCACUCAGGUGCUGAGCAUGGACCGUUUUGGCAGGGUGAGGAAGGAGCAGCGCAACUCCUCCAGCGAUAUAUCCAUCGAGCGUGCAGACACACACACCUACAUCCUAAACAUCCACGGCACACAGGACACUGACAGCGGAGAGUAUUACUGCACGGCCACGCCCUGGUACCUGUCGGCCUCCACCGCUGCCUGGACUCAAGCCGCUCAACUGACAUCAUCCCGAGUCUUCCUCACAGUCCGGUUCGCAGUAUGGGAGUCGCUACAGAUGCCCCUCCUGUAUGGAGUGUCUGCCUCGCUAGGUGUGGGCCUCUUCUCCCUGGUCCUGGGUCUGAUCUGUGCCCACUGCUGCUGCCGAAACACCACGCACACUCCGCGCUCGCGUAACAAGCUGAUGGACCUGGAGAUGGACUGACAAACAUUCUCCCCUGCACAUCAACACUGCAGCACCCACAGGGAGCAGCCCACUCUCAGCAGACACAAGUCCCUGGAUGAUUUCUGGGACACCCGCUUGUUUCCAGGAGUGGGACGCUGGGAGUGAGCAUCUGGCUGAACUUUGGUUUUCUUCUCUUGGUGCUCACUAUCUUUCUGCAGUGGGGUGAGUAGGGGAACAUUCAGGACCACUGACUCUGAUGUUGGAAUUCUUCCUGUGAUAUUUAUACCCAGUUUGUGUUGAGAGCAGCGCAACAGAGACUCCGGAGUUGUGAGAUUUCACUGCCAUGUGGGAAUAAGGAACCACUGAACUGCUGCCUUCCUCAGUUUUCUAGUUCAAUCCUGCUGUUUUCACCUCCGUGAUUGGAUUGUAGAUGCAAACUGUUUAUUGCAUUUUUUUUUGCCUCCUGUCGAUCUUAGAGUCACAUGACCACCAAGCCUCAUCUUUGUGGAAGACGUUACCACAAACCAGAGGAUUUGCACUACAAACCCAAGCCCAGAGUAUUCUAGCUUCUGAGAGGAUAAUAUUUAACUUUAUUCUUAACUCUAGUUUUUUUGACAGAUAUAAGAUUUAAAUCAAUGAGAGACACUUUUUUAAGCUUUACGAUGAAUUUAUGCAGUUUGUGUGUGACCUCCGUGCAUCGUGCCAACGUCUGAACGAGUGCAGACGCCCUCUACAGGUGAGGAACAGCAAGUACUCGUCUUUUCUUAACAACCCAAAAAUGUACAGACGUUUCUGGAUGUGUGUUUGUUCUGUGCUCGGCAAGAGUGCGUGAGCAUGUAGUGAUUUCCAUGACUCGUGUGAUGUCGUUCAACAGCAGAACGGAUCGACACUUGCAUCCAACCACAAAUGUGACUGUUGUGAGCAGUUGACCCAAGUGUUGUUUUCAACUUGUAUUUUGAGAAAGAAAUUUCUUGCUUAUUUUUGAGAUUUUAAAUAAAAACAAAUUCCUGAAUUUGAUUGUAAACAAUCAUCUUUUAGUUCCCCUCCAAAGGUUGUUACUAUGAAGCAAAAUUAAUUCUGAUGAGUUUCUCUCUGUGAAUUGAGUUCUAAACUCCAAACAUAGCGUGUUUCUUAAAGCUGUUGAAGGAAGCAGGAUCUAGUGCUGUACACAUGUGUUUUGUGCUUGGAACUUGAAGGUCUCAAACUCUCCACAGUGAGCUAAAAUAUAUUUGAGCUAGACCGUUGAAAGUUAUAUUAAAUUGCUGUUUCAUGCGCUUGAAAUUUGACUUGUUAAUACCCGAGUGUUGGUGACCCUUUCCUGCAGGUUGGAGUCUGGCAGCAGAGGUUUUCAGCAAAUCUUCCUGGUCAAAAACAAAUGAAGGAUAGUGACACUUAUUUCUGGCCAAAACGUCAAUGUAUUCCUCUGCGUCUAAAUCUCUUAUUUAGAAAAACGAAACAUCAAAAGUAGCUGAGUUAAUGUUUUAUUGCUUGAGCGCGGCAGUCAUGUCUCCGUUGCCAACCCCUUGUUAGUCUUGUGGGGUUGCCAUCUAUCCUUUUCCUCGCUGUUGCUCCUGUCAUCUGCCUCCAUCUCUCCAUCUGGGCUGCUCUAUAUUUCUCCGCUCUUCUCACUCUCGCUGGCUGUUGAUGAGAAAUGCAAAUGAGAUCUAACCUCUCCUGAGCUUUCAUCCCUGCACCCUGUUGACUGUUUUCUCUGCAUCCAACUCUCCUCUCUUCUACCACUAGAAGGCGAUGAGAGCAGAGAGCCAGUGUCAGGGUGAUUCUUAGUUGCUCUCUCCCAGGGUCCAUUUGACCCACUUAUCGGCCUUUGUUCCUACAUCUCAUGGAUCCUUUGCUAAUGUGAUAUUAAACUGUAGGGAGACAUCAAUGAUCCUCUUGAGUGCUGCGGCGCCACAUCCCGUGUGUCCUUGCUUCAGAGCAGGGGUGGGGAACCAGCUAGUAAACUAAAAAGACGUGAAAGAGUGGCGCACUUGAGCAAACCUCCAAGGAGAAGCUCUCAAGAAUGGAAGCAAUGGCAAGAGCAGAAGUUCGGAGGAGCUUGGCGGCUGCUCAUGUUGAGACACCACCAGCUAUUCUGGUCACGGAACAAAAUGAGACGCUGUGAUCUUGUGGUCCAACGUAUUCGAUCACAAUGAAGUAAGAGUUCAGAGUUUUUGUUUUCGGCAAGACCAUGGAGAGGUGAGACCUAGCAUGUGGCUCCUGCUGCCGUCUGAGAGACUGAUCGGCGCUAAAGCUGAAAAAUCAUCAGACUCAGAAGUGAGAAACCAUGCCAGGAACAAUUUCUGCAGUCGACAUUAAUAAAGCUUCUCAUGAAAAUGAGCUGAAGAGAUCAGACGUUCAAACGGGUCAUUUCCAAGCUGAAAGGGUCAGCAAAGAAAUAAAGAGAGGAACACGGCAAAAUAAGGCAGAAAAAAAAAUCUGGGUGGAGAAGUUGCAAAUGAAAGAAAAAGCAAAAGAACUGGUACAUGAGAACACAACAGUAAUGGUUCUGGUUGAUGGCAAUGCCUCCACAGGCAAACAAGAUGGGAACUGAACUGAACAGGUGAAGAUCUUGGUUAUGAGGAGUGGAUUGUCUCAGCCAAAGUUGGAGCCAAGAACGUGAUGGUAUACUCAGUUCCAGAAGACACAGCUGAUGAUCUCAGGCUCCUCACAGAGGAGCGUGUGGGAUACCAUUGUGAUCGACUGUGCUCAGAGGAUCCUCUGUCAAUGAUCGGACCCGGAUCACAUUAUCCAGAAAAAUCAAGAUGCACUUCAUUGUGAAACGCCUAUCACUGACAACCUGUCUGGGAAAAGAAAAUACUUC